AUGAAAGAUGGAGAAUCUGUUGAGGAAUACUUCAACAGAACGAUCCAUUUAGUAAAUCAAUUGCGGAUGAAUGAAGAAAAAUUAGAUGAACGGAGGGUUGUAGAAAAAAUCUUACGUAGUUUGACUAGGAAUUAUGAAUCGGUUGUUAUAACCAUCCAAGAAACAAAAAAUCUCGCAGAAGUAUCCACCGAAGAACUAAUGGGGAUACUUCAAUCACAUGAAUUAAGAUUGAAAAGAUACGAAGAUAAUCCCGUUGAACAUGCGUUUCAAGUAACGAAUGUAAGCCAAGAUAGAUCUAGACAAUCAUUUAAGAAGGAUUCCACAGGAAGGGGACGAAACAAAUAUAAGGGCAAGAAUUUCAAUAUGAAUUCAAUAAGAUGCUUCAAUUGUCAUAAACUUGGACAUACGGCCAAGUUUUGCCAACAAAAGGAUGAACGCGAAAGAGCGGAUAAUGCAUUAAUUCAUACAGAAGAUGAUGUCGAUGAACAUGAUGACACUAUGUUCAUGAUUUUUAAUAUGGAGGAGACAGUCAAAAGUGACUGUUGGUAUCUUGACAGUGGCUGCAGUAACCACAUGAGUGGUAACCGAGAACUCUUCUCUCACCUCGAUGAAUCUUUAAAAAAGGAGGUGAGAACAGGAGAUGAUAAACGGUUGGAAGUAUUAGGGUUUAGGGAGAGGCAGCGGAAAUAUAUCUAUUACGAUUAG